AUGAAUCAAGAACAAAAUCAUAACAAGCAGCAAUUAACUAACACUGUUACUCGUAUAGGAGCUUCUUCUUCUUCUUCUUCAGUAACACAACAAGCAAAACGAUCAAGAGCUCCGAUAGCCUGCUUUAGAUGUCAUCAUAAAAAGGUACGUUGUGAUGGAUUAUAUCCUAGUUGUUCUAGAUGUGGGUCGACAGGUAUCUUGUGUGCUUAUCCUACUAGCAGAAGAUCUCGAGCGACACAGCAUACUGCAGUUAAUAUCGAUCCUUAUAUUAAUAAUAUAUCUAAUCUUGAAGAUAGAAUUCGACGUAUUGAGUCUAAUAUGGAGAGCCAAUAUAAUAUGAUUCAAUCUAUUCUUCAUACAAACAAUCAAGAUACUGAGAAAGAGAUAUCUACUAAAACAAAGACGACAUUACUGCUUCAAGAGAUAGACUCCAAGAUGUCACAUACAGAACCAGAGAUACAAGAUUCAAAGUCUAUUUUAGUUCAAUUACGUCUUCAUGAAGAACAAAGGAUUCUAAAAAAUAAAAGGAAAACAGUAGCAACUAUAGAUAAAAAGCUGAUAAGUCCAAAGACUUUUAAUAAAAUAAAGAAAAGACAAAGGAAUCAUUGGACUGAUCAUGAUGUGACUAUCCCUACCACUACUACUACUACUACUCAAGAUAACGCAACUUACUUUAGAGAUAUGAUGACGAUGAAUCAAGAUGAUAUAAAUAGUAUUUUAUUUGAACAACAACAACAACAACAACAGCCUGAUCAUAUACAAUGGAAUAAUGAUCCUACUGCUUUUUAUACUUCUUUAUUACCUACUAAUAGUUUAAUUCAACAAGAGACAACGUCGUCGUCGUCGUCGUCGUCGUCAUCAUCAUUCAUGAUGAACCAUAAUACAAACAGUAGCCGUUUUUUAAAUAGUCAUAUUGUUUCUUCGUCUUCUUCUCGUUCUUUAUCCUCCAAUAUGAUUAGCUCAACUGCUAUAUCAGCAUCAAAUAUAUCUUUUGUGAAAAGAGCCCUUACCACGGAAAGACCCUCUUCUACAGCUUCUUACGAUGAUGAUAAUAGUAAUAGAACAACAGCAGAUAUACAAGAUACUUUAUAG